AUGUGCUUCGGACAAACUUCUGCUUUUCACGUAAAAGGACGGCUGUGUGAUUAUUCAGAGCGAAUCAACUUCACGUUCCGUUUGUGUGGAAGAAAACACGUGCCGCAUCCGGGUGGGGCCGAGGAGCCGAUGCUGUUUGAGAAAACCGUGGUCAUGACAUUUGAAAACCUGGCUGAUGAUUAUUCCACUUAUCAGCAGCUGUUUGAGGUGUAUUUGGAGCAUUCAACUGACCACCCGAAGACAUGGGAUUUCAUUCAUGGAAAACUUGCUGACAUCCUUAACGGCAUUGAUGCAGGACGUUCCACUCUGAAUGUGAUGGGUGUAGGAAGUGGAUCAGGUGAGACUGAUCUGGAAAUCCUCAGGCUCUUGCAUUCGAAGUGUCCAGAAGCCAGAGUGGUGAACGAGGUGGUGGAACCCAGCGUUAACAUGCUAAACAAAUAUAAAGCUUUGCUGACACAGACAGCGGGCAUUGACCACAUUACCUUCAACUGGAAUCAAAUGACGGCGUCUGAUUUUAAGAGCAGCUGGAAGGAGAAAAAUCCUGACAAGAAGAUGGACUUUAUUCACAUGGUUCAGAUGCUGUACUAUGUGAAGGAUCUUGAGGCCACGGUCUUGUUCUAUCAAAGCUUACUGAAAAAAAAUGGCAAACUCCUCAUCAUCCUGGACACCGAGGACAGCGGGUGGAACCAGUUCUGGAAAAACUUUCAAGUUCAGCUGUGCAGUAAAGAUAGUAACCUAUGUACUACAGCAGAGGACAUCAAAAGCAUCUUAGAUGUCAAAGGAAUCACCUACCAGAGCUACAGAAUCAUGUCCGAGUUAGACAUCACCAAGUGUUUUAUAGCUGGAGACGAGAAAGGCGAGCUGCUGAUGGACUUUCUGACUGAGACGAUGGAUUUCAGUAAGAAAGUCUCUCCAGAGUUGAAAGCUGACAUGCUGGAGCUUCUUAAACAUCCCGACUGCUGCCGAAAAGAAGACGGCAAAAUCAUGCUUAACAGCAGCUUGGAAGCAUUGCUGAUUGACGCAUAGUGGAAAAUGUAGCAUUUGAAUAAACCUGGGUCCUUGUAUUACAGGUUUCUAAGCAUUCUAUUUGUUUACUGACUGCACCAUGAUUAUUUUUGGAUUGGAUUUAUGAAGUCUUCCUACUUGAACACUAUCUGUCACUUAAAGCCAGUGUGGUCUGUUUGUUGUGGUCUACAGAGGUCUUUCCUGUGAUUUUAUGAAUUUGAUCAUCUUCAUAUUGAGUUGACGUCCCAUCUUUUCACUCUGUUUAACUUUAUUUAUCGUAAAUAACAUCUGGGUUGUAAUAAUAUACAACACUCACCUUCGAUUCUUGUGCGAGACUGAAUCACAGACGUUAUGUUUUAUCUGAUAGACAUGACGAAUGUGAAUGUUCCAUUGCAUUAAUAAAACAGGAUU